AUGUCAGCAUCGAACGCCAACACCGGAGCGUCAGAUGCUCAGCCCAACAUCGUCUACGACAAUCAGGUCGAACUCGCUCCCGACGACGAUGCUAAUCAAGCAGUCGCUGCUCCUGCGGGAGAACCGAACCAGGACGAUGAUGCUGCAUCAAUCACACCUAGCAGUGUCAAUUUGUCAACUUCUAGCGUGACUAGCUCAGUCUUGGAAUACAGACAAGAGAACGGGCGGACUUACCAUGGGUACAAAGAAGGCAAAUACAUGCUUCCAAACGAUGAUAGAGAAGUCGAUAGGCUCGACCUUCAGCACAACCUCUUCAUCAGAACAUUUGACGGGAGGCUUGCAACUGCUCCCCCAAAUGAUCCUGACGCCAAGGUCAAGAACGUUUUGGAUGUCGGAACUGGAAGCGGAAUCUGGGCAAUGGACUUUGGGGAUCAGCACCCUGAAGCGGAGGUUCGCGGGUUUGAUCUUUCGGCCGUCUUUCCUGAAUUCACCGCCCCUAACGUACGAUUUGAGAUCGAUGAUCUCGAAGAGCCUUGGACUUGGACAGAGCCUUUUGACUAUAUUCAUAGUCGCAUGAUGAAUUCGUCAAUCAGUGACUGGAAGGCAUACAUUCAGAAGUGUUAUGACCACUUGAGCGAUGGCGGAUACCUUGAGCUCAUUGAGAUCGACUGCAUCCCCCUUUCUGACGAUGGAACUCUGACCCCGGAACAUUCUAUCAUGAAAACAGGCAAUCUAUUACUGGAGGCUACGACGAAUGCUGGCCGCAAGUAUAUAUAUCCCCCUGAUCUCAAGGCUAUGAUGGUGGAAGCAGGCUUCGACGGCGUGACAAUGCAACUUUUCAAAUGGCCUGUUAACUCUUGGCCAAAAGAACGAAAAUAUAAGGAAAUUGGACAAUGGCAGAAUGAGAAUCUCUACCAGGGCUGGGAAGCUAUCUGCAUGGCGCCUCUAACGAGGGCGCUUGGCUGGACCAAGGAGGAAGUCAUGGUUUUGAUGGCCCAGAACCGCCAGGACUUCAACAAUCGCAACAUUCAUGCCUACUUCCCCAUUUGGACUAUCUACGGCCGAAAGCUUUCCAGAACUGAGAGCCAGCCGUAG